AUAGGCCCAUAGACCUCCGAUCUCACCGUGAGCUAGGAGUGUAAGUAUGACCAUACAAAGAGCAAGGAACGGCAAACAAACUUAACGACCCAGUAGGUGAUAGGCUCUAUGGAGAGGGUGACUGGUGACGUGUGUAGUUAUACCAUGGAGGUGGUUUUACUGUAUAAUGCCAUUAAUGGUGAGGUAGUCUGUAGUCCGGUUUUCCUGGCUGCCUACAAAUUCAAGUUUACAAAUUCCAUGGGUCAUGUUGUAGCUUAGAAUGAUGGCGUCCGGUGGAGGAUCUGAAGAAGACGGCCACAAGAAACCGUUGCCAGACGGCAUAACCAUCGUGAAUCAUUACCACUUUGUGAAUUCACCACUGACCUUUGGAAUCAGCUCAGGAAACACAGUUAAUUAUGGACCAGAGGUGCGUCUUAAGCUGGAAGGACCGCCUGAGUUGUUGAGUAUCAUGAGUAGUUUGAUAAACGAACAGGGAGAGAACUCGUCCAUGUCGCUAGAGGAACUUCGAAGAACAUGUGACGUCACACCUGUGAAAGUGCGCAAGGGAUGCGUGGAACUCACACUACGUGUUGCAAGUCAGAAAGGUCUUGAAAAACUGCGUGAUAUUUGUAACAGCGGGGAACUCAAGCAUAUCAUGGGAGCAGAAUUUCCCAUCAACAACUUGAGGAUGGUUGAGGAGGACUUUUUGGAGGCCAACAGAUUCUUUGAGACUGAAAAAGCUAAUAUGAAGAAAGAGCUUCAGACAGAGGUGGAGAAUUUUGAGCGAGCUGCUUGCGACUACGUAGGAUGCCGACAGAACACCGUGAGAUUGCUGAGGGAAUUGGUCGAUUACAUAACUCGUCGCCAGAGACAAUCCCAAGCUGCCGCGGCUGCGGGAGCGGCCGGUGCUGCUCUCGCUGUGUUCACCCUUGGAGCCUCACUUCUGCAAUCGGCCGUCGCUGGGGGUGCGGCCUUAGCGAUUGUGGCCGUGAUAGCUCAAGGAGUCACGGCCAAAAUAUCGACAGACGAGGCAAAGAGAAUCAUGGCCAAAGACAAGAAGGCAUGCGAUCGGGUGAACAAGGCUUUGGAGAAGAUCGAAUUAAAAUUACAGAGAGGAAAGGAGAGAGACUUAAGUACAUUAGUGAAUUCCAUAUACGAUUUAGUUAGGGUGGAUAAGAUGAAUCUGAAACGGGGUGAAGACGCGAUCGAGACAAUUGACGGAAAGGGCCGGGGAGCAUUUAUCCACUUUGUGGUUAUCGCAGGAACGCUCGAUUCGAUAAUAAUGCACAUAUUGGACGUAUUCAGUGCAGACAUUUCUAAAAUGGCCAAGAAAAUUUCAGAAAUUGCUGACAAACUUGCUUGUCCGGACGAAGCGUCCAUGAAGGCACUUGUCUCACAAAUUAAAGAUAAGUUCCAACUCGACGCUUCUUAAUGGGAUCGUAGUCAGUUCAGUUCACAACUGAACAUACCAAUCUGCUCAAGAAGUCCAUUUUACUUCCCAAUAGCCGGCUCAAGAUUCUAUAGUUUUUGAAAAUAAAGGAAAAUACCAAGUUAUCUUGAACAUUCCUUCUGUUUUCUUGCUUUAAAGAUUCCGUUUACUCUACAUGUAUUUUAGUUAUGUCAUUUUAGUACGUUAUCAAUUUUAUGAAGCGUCUAAUCAGUACUUACGGUUAGUUGGUUGUACUUGUCUGACUGAGGCUUAUUUUCGUGUACUUACUUCGUUCAAUGUGACUGUGCGUCUGUAGGGUUUGUGACCUUAUGACCUUUGAGUUUAUUUUUGACAUUGUGAUGAGGUUUUAUUAGAUUGUGUCGACGAUUCUGUUUGUGUAGGGGUCCAUAGUGUUGUGUACACCCGAAGCGAAUGUACACUUAUUCAAAGCACUUUGAGGCAGAAUUUAUCUGCAGUUUAAAAAAAAAUUCAUCAGAGGCAUUUAUUUUCGAUAACCCUAACAGUCCCAAAUCCUCCGAGUGCAAUGUGACACUACAUACUUACAAAUAAAUUUUUGUUGGUACUGUUGUUGCUAUUUAAAGAAA